GGACGUAAUGACUUUUCAUUACGAUGACUACCAGUUUGUGCUGCAGCAGUAAAUUUGUAUGAAAAUUAAUCAGUUUUAUUCCGUAUUUCAAAGUAUAUAGUGUAACAUUCCGGUACAGCAGAAGUAGGACAAUAGUGCACCGUUGAAGAACCGAGUGGAAGUUAGUGUAAUUUAGCGAUAUUUGACUGAAUAACCGACCACGAAAAAUUGCCACAGCAGACGAAUGUGCUGAGAAAUUUCAUUGUGUUUUGGUGCUCCACAUCGGGGCUGGUGACUCUUAUUUAGAAGCAUCUAGUGGGGGCAAUUUGUGGGGUUAGGAAGUUGAAUAUAUUGUGGUGGCGACACGACUUUUUCUGAAGUGACUUGUCGGUUGUGUAGUGGGGAUAUUUUCUCAGAAGACUGCAAUAGUAGCUAGUUUGUGGUUGGGACUAGGUGUACCCAUAGUGCUGGUACGCUUACGGUUGAGGAAAAAAGAACGCGGCGGAAGAUAUGGACGAAGAAAGCAGUGACAGCUUGGAGUUGAGUCGGAGUAAGCGAAAUGAGCGUAUUGAAAAGUUGGGUUUCCGUCCGCAGAAGGAAUUGUUCUGCAACAAAUUCCUUCCGUACGCGGAAAGACUGGACGAUGAAUCGCAAGCCAUGCUGGAGAAUAUCAAAAAUAACCUUGGCAAGGCGGCUGCUAUGCGGGAAAUUACGCCCGGAGUUUCGAUCUACGUUUCGCGGUUGAUGAAGUACAUCAAGUUGUAUGGGAUGAAAUUCUCCAAGGAGGACCAUAUCAAGUUUGUGAAGCUGCUCCUGGAGUUGAUUAGCAUUCCAAACUUGGAGCCGGAUAAGGUCAACAAGUUUUGCUAUGCAAUUACCAGUCUGUUGAGGAAACCUGAAUGGCUCAGCCCGGACGAUAUCCAGAUUGAUUGGCGACUCCUCUACAAGCUGUGCAACCUGAUCCUGAACAAAAACUGCAGCAAAGGUGACCUGUACCGUUACUUCGCAUCCCUUGAGACCAAUCUGCAGUUUGUGAUCCAGUACUGUGCUCCCUACUUUUCCCGGUCGGCGACGCAGGAAAUUCUCGAUGAGCUGCUGCCUAAGCUGCAACCGUUGGAUACGGGUAAAAGUUUCGACACGUUCGGUAUGCUGCACAUAUUCUUGAGCUGUGAGCAUGACUACGAUCUGUGGUUCGGUAAGUUUAUGACCAUCUGGGAUGCGUACCACAAUCCACCGUGGAGUAUCGACAUGAUGACCAUCUACGCGACGGUCGGGUUCAAAAACAUCGGUUACAUCGACUGGGAACCGUACAUUCCGACGAUGUUUGCCCGGAUCCUGCGGGCGAUUGACUUCCCGGUGAGUUACAAGAGUACGAAGAGUUCCAAGCUGCAGGGACUGGCAUCGCAGUCGAUCGUCAUUUGGAUUGUGUCGGUACUGGGUCCAAAGAGUUCCGCGCAGCAGUAUCUGAACAAGUUUAUGGCGACCAUUGAAUCAUACUUGCAUCCGGCCAACAUGGGCAAGUGGGUUUCGAUGCUGGGGGAGAUCCUGAUCCAGUUACCAAAGUACUUCUUCGAUCGGUUGAUUUUGGAGAGAUACCGGAAGCAUCCCUACAGGAGGCCUAUUCCGGAGAGUCACAAGCUGACGGAAGAUUGUAUAACUGCGUUCGUAGAAUGCAUGAAGCCGGUGGCUUUUCAGGCGAUGUAUUCCAGGAUAAAUCCUCAGGAUGUGGGGAAGAUCUUCCAACACUUGGCCGAUUUGCGACCGGAGCUUAUCAUUCCGUCGAUCAUUGAUCGGGUUUAUGCCAGCUUAGAUUCACUGACAGAACCGCAUAAAAUGACUGCCGCACUGCAGAGUUUGGUUAGCGUAUCGAGGGCACUGGUUUCCGGUCACAAUGGUUACACCGAUGGACGGAAUCAUGUGAUACCGAUCUUCUUUGCCACUCUUCCAGGAAUUGAUCCGAAUGAUUUCAAAAAGACAUCCAUAACAUUCCAUUUUCUGACGUCAAUAUCGUUCCUGAUACCGAUUACGGACUGCUCGAAGGCGGGUCUCUAUCAUGACCUUACUGACGAUGAGCGAUUGCUGUGUGAGCAAACGGCCGAUUUCGAGGACUUUGUGCUACAGUACAUGGAUCGGAUAUUUUUGCUGAUUGAAAGCAGUUCGGUGGAUAAUGUCCGGAUGGAGCAAUCUGAUGCGGAUUCGAUGCGUUCCAAGAUGGAAUCGAUUUCCGAAGCACUUGUGCAGGCAUGUACGCACGGUAUUUUGGGACAAUGUUCGAAGGACAUUUUGAACUCAUCGUCCAGGAAGCUGAUCGACUUUGUUAAAACGCGCUUGUUGGAGCCGAAGGUGGCCGGACAGCUGGUUGGGUGUUUGGUGCGGGUGUUUGCUAGAAUUCAUGGCAAGGAAGUACUUCGCUCGUUGAUGCCUUAUGUACUGCAGACGAUAGAGCGAUACAUGGAGGAUCAUGACGACAUAGCGGAAGUGGAGAAGAUGAGCGAUGAAAUGUUGUACUACUUGCUGCUACUGACCAACAUGAUGCGUGGUGAUCCGGGAGAAAUAGUUAAAUAUGUUGACCAAACUCUACCCAUUCUAGAUCAAAUACUUAAAUUCAAAUGCAAGCAGGCGAACAAGUACGGUUUUACGAUGAUUGCUAAUUUGAUGAGCAACCUAUCCACCAUGCAGACUUUGGACGUGAAGAAUAGUCCCGAGAGCUUCGAAAAGCCGCUAUCGGAGUUUUUGCCGAUAAGAAGUUGGGGUGAAAAGAUGCCUCCAGAUGGGAAGAUCGAUUGGUGUUUCCCAGGAGAGGAAUCGCUUAAAGUUUCGGAGAAGAUAAUGCACCGCUACUUGGUGCCAAUCUUAAGCAAUUUUCAAAAGUACUGCGCCGGCGAAAUAGAGCUCAGUCGGGACGAUAUAAACCGAGAUGUGACAAUAAUUCAAUCGCUAAUUAGGUGUUCAAAUUUCCUACCCAAUUGGGACGAUGAGGAGCCGCUGAAGAUGUUCGAAUCCUGUCUGGAUAGAUCGGAAAUGAAGUGGAGUGUUACGAGGGGCUUCGACGAACUGGUCAUUAAAAUGCCGAAUGGGGGAAACGUUAGGAAAGCAAUAAUAAAAUCCAUCACUGCACUGCAGCGGCAGAUAUUGCUCAAGUCUGAAGACGACAUCAAAUCCUUAAAAGCCAUCCUAAUGUUGUACGAAAAAAUCUUCAUUCGAAAGCACUCCAACAGUGCGUUUGAUAACCAGGUCAAAAACUUCAACAAUACCAAAAAAUUCCAAACGUACAAACUCACGCGCUACAAGCGGGACGUUCGUGCGGUGGUCGCUACCAGGGUGAUAAUGCAACAUGACUGCCGGGAUGAGGUCGAUCAACCACUGUUCACUGCUUCCCAUUUGGAAGUGAUGAUGAACUUGUUGGAACUGUCCACAUCUCACUACAGCAGCGUGCGUGCCUCGGCUCAAAGUAAGCUCUUCACAAUGCUUUCCACAUUCUCGUUUAGCUACAAAUUCCUUUCGGAUAAGAUCGUCGAAUACCUGCAAAUGGAUUCCAACGAAAAGCACGAACAGUUUAAAGGCAUUCUCUAUAUCUUGGUAUCGAAUCGGCGGUCCCGACUGGUCAUCAAACAUGAUUGGGAAUUUAUCCAGCGAAUAUGGAUAACCUUGCUCCAGUCGAAACUUUCGGAGAAACCGUCGGUGGUGAAACUGCUGGAUGCCGUAACGGAUGUAAUCAACAACGAGUUCCCGACGACGAACAUCGAACUGGUUGUUCCGGAUUCAUGUGUGGAGUACGGUUUGGCAUUAAGAACCCGUGAGGACAAGCUAGAUCUUGAGGCUGGUCGACAAGCAAGAUUAGUCAAAAGCAAUCGAAAUCUCGAAAUUUACUACGAAUUGAUCGCACAAAUACUGGCCACGGUUGAGAAUGACAAGCUCCACUGGAGGUAUCACUAUCUGGCAUCAUCGAUGUUGUACAACCUCGUACACCCUGUGACCAAGUAUCCAGCCACGGUGGCACAAUUUGCAGUUCACAAUUUGAUUCACGAUUCACUGGACGAGCGCAAGAUGGCAAAUUGUCUACUGAAUCACGUUCUGCGGCAACAGAAGCGGGAACACGUGAAGAUUUCUGUGAAUCCGUAUGAAAUUGCCGGUAUUCCGGAUAAGGCUCCGGCGAACGGUUCCAGCGUUUUGCCGGGCUAUCGGGAAGAUAACCUUUGGUUGCAGUACGACGUAGAGAAAGCGCCAAAAAAUCAGGAAGAUUGGGACCAACCUCGUUAUAUAUACAAAACGGAUGGAUACUUUGGUUGGAGUAGCAAUUUUUCUGUUUAUGCGCCUAGCCAAGACCAGCCACAGCUAGAUCGUACGGUCGACGAGAUGAACGAAUGUGAAAGAAUCAUUUUUACCUUCUUCAAUCAGCAAGAAAACGUAGAUAAACUUAUCAAAUUUUGGUCCUUGGAGGAGAAGAAGGGCCGUGACAAAUUUAAUCGGAAUCGAUUUUGCCUGAUCAAGGCGUUGACGAAUGCCUUCGGGGAUCUGUUUUUGGAUAAAUUUAUCAAACAUCUUCGUCCGCUGAUUGAGGAUAAAGCAUCCGAAAGUAGCCAUCGCUGUGCUGCGGAAAUCAUGGCUGGCAUCAUAAGAGGGAUCAAACAUUGGCCGUACGAUAAGACGGCCAAAAUAUACGAAGAUCUAGUACCGUUGAUUCGGCUUGCGUUGAACAACGUUACCGUCGAUACCGACGUGUACUGGGGAACGUGCUUUGCUACCGCUGCCGAGUAUAUGGAUCCCUCGAAGCAAUAUUGGCUGCACGAGGCCCUCCUAGAGGAUCCUCUCCAGGAGACGACCAGUUUCAUAGACUGCAAUCGUCUGUACUGCUUGCAAGGGGCAUUCAACCAGCACGUCUGGCGAAUGACCAGUGUGGCUAAGCGUUUGCUCGAAUAUCUACGGCCGUACCUGAAUCAUUCGUUCCAGAAUGUGCGUGAACGUUUGGGUAGUACAUUGAUCAACAUCUUCGAGGCAGAUUUGCGAUUCGAGGGUCACCGAGGGCUGGAGUUGUCGCCGACGAUACGCGAUAUGAUCGGUUACGUGACGCCGAAGAUUGCUGUCUUGUUGAAGGAAGACUGCCCCACUGCAGCGGUGGUGGGCGAUAAGAUGGAGUUGGAAGGUGAUCCAAGCGAGAGUUCCAGAAAAGAAGAGAGCGAGUACGAAGUGGCGGUGAGAUUGUUCAAGACAGUGGCCCAGUGGCUGACGUGCGCCAUCAAUCGCUGCUCCAAUGGUAAUGAAAUUGAAUACUUUGAACUGCUUCCGAUCGCUUGCCGUUUGGAACGUUCCGAACAGGAUCAAGAGUUGGCGGAAAUCUGCACCACACUGUUGGCCAUGAUUUCCCAGGCACUCACAUUGGUCCCCUGUAUGGAUGCUGCGUUGACCAAGAUAGAUGAGAUCUCCAAGAUGACUUCCUGGUCGGCUCGGCGCUCGGUGAUUGACGUGCUUCAGGUGCUGGUGUUCUACAAUAUGACAAUAAUCUUAAGCAACGAGAAGUGGAAGAUGAAAACCCAGGAGAUUGUGCUGCGUCUGCUGGAGGAUAAUGUGGUAGAGGUUCGCGAGAAGGCGGCCGAGGUACUCUGUGGACUACUUCACUGCUCCUUCCUGACGGCUACCGACGAGCUGUUGGAAUUGUUUAAACAAAAAUGCCGAACGAAAAUGAUUAAAGCGAAGCGACUCAAGGUUGCCCCCAGCUGUUCCAAUGAAGUCAACAAGAACGAAGGAGAAGCGAAUGCGGUUCGUGCUCGCCAUUCCGGCGUUCUUGGCCUAUGUGCCUUUAUUUCUGCGUAUCCGUACGAAGUGCCUGAAUUCGUUCCGAAUGUGUUCGAACAUUUGGGAGCACAUUUGAACGAUCCGCAGCCAAUUCCAGCAACCAUUCGGAAAACGAUGGGCGACUUCAAGCGAACGCACCACGACAAUUGGGAGGUUCAUCAGCUUAAGUUUACCGAAGAUCAGCUGGCAGUGCUAAGUGACUUAACAAUUCCACCCUCGUAUUAUGCUUAAAAUGGGUGUUUUUCGGUUCGUGUGGUUCCGGGAUGUUUUCGAGUGGUUGCAGUAGUAUUUUAUAUUAUAAAAAAAAGAUAUCUCAAACAGUUUUAGGACUGUACGAAGUGGACGGGUAGAAGACGUAUUUUGACAACUUAUAGACGUAGCCUAUGUAGCAGAUUUAUAGCAAUUGUAAAUACGGUUUUAGGUUCUUAUGAGAGAUGUUUAUGCGGAGUUUUUAACCUGCACAAGAAUUAGCUUAUUUUUAAUUGUUCAAUGUUCG